AAAAUAACAGGUGAGACUUGGCUGUUCCCAUUUUUUUUUUAUCAACGGUAACCCAAGAAUCGCCAACUCGUGACAAAAUAACUGAUACAUUUUUUCGAUUAUUUUACACCUAAAACGUUAACAUUUGUAUUUGGUGACUUGUCAUACAUUUCCGUUCCUAAUUUGUGGCCUGGAGAAUGGCAAUGCGCAUGUGCAGCCCCGGGUUUCCUGACUCGCCGGUUUCCGCCAUUUUCUACCUUUUACCAGAGAAAGAAAUUCAGCGGAGUCAGUUUGUACAGCACCAAAAUACACAGGGGUUGCACAGUAAUAACAGGCCGAUAUCGCAGAACAUGGAUGACGACAGCUACCCCAAGACCCUCUAUGUAGGUAACCUGUCCAGAGACGUGACAGAAGUCUUAAUCCUUCAGUUAUUUAGUCAGAUUGGACCAUGCAAGAGCUGUAAAAUGAUUACAGAGCAACCAGAUAGCAGAAGGGUCAACGCUUCUGUUGGAUUUUCUGUUUUGCAGCAAACAAGUAAUGAUCCCUAUUGCUUUGUGGAGUUCUACGAACACAGGGAUGCUGCUGCUGCACUGGCAGCAAUGAAUGGCAGGAAGAUAAUGGGAAAGGAGGUCAAGGUAAAUUGGGCAACAACUCCAAGUAGCCAGAAGAAAGACACAUCCAGUCAUUUCCAUGUAUUUGUGGGAGAUUUGAGCCCAGAGAUAACUACAGAAGAUAUCAAAGCUGCUUUUGCUCCCUUUGGUAAAAUCUCGGAUGCUCGUGUUGUGAAGGAUAUGACAACAGGGAAAUCAAAGGGCUAUGGAUUUGUGUCUUUCUACAACAAACUGGAUGCAGAAAAUGCAAUUGUACACAUGGGUGGACAGUGGUUAGGAGGUCGACAGAUUCGGACUAACUGGGCCACUCGCAAGCCACCCGCACCAAAGAAUGUCCAAGAAAACAGCUCUAAGCAAUUGAGAUUUGAAGAUGUUGUGAAUCAGUCGAGCCCCCAGAAUUGCACUGUCUACUGUGGAGGCAUUCAGUCAGGAUUAACAGAGCAACUAAUGCGUCAGACUUUCUCACCAUUUGGACAAAUAAUGGAAAUCCGAGUUUUCCCUGAAAAAGGGUAUUCAUUUAUCAGGUUUUCCUCGCAUGAAAGUGCAGCCCAUGCCAUUGUGUCGGUUAACGGGACGAGCAUUGAAGGCCACAUUGUUAAGUGUUAUUGGGGUAAAGAGUCACCUGACAUGGCAAAAAACUUUCCACAGAUGGAGUAUGGCCAGUGGGGGCAGUGGAGUCAGAUGUAUGGAAACCCACAACAAUAUGGACAGUACAUGGCUAAUGGCUGGCAGAUGCAAUCUUAUGGCAUGUAUGGCCAGGCAUGGAAUCAGCAAGGCUUUGGUGUUGAGGACUCGCUGUUGGCGGCGGCAGCACAGAACAUAUCAAGGCAGUCUCAAUCCCCAGCCUGGGUGGGAGGUUUCGGGGCUCAGCCAGCUCAAGGACAGGGGGCCCCUGCUGUAAUGCCAAACCAAGCAGGCUUUGGAAUGGCUGGUUAUCAAACACAGUGAGCGGGGACUUGCCAUAAGUAUAGUUAAGAAAAAAAAAAAAAAAAAAAAAAAUGCAACCUUUAAUUUGAGAAUGUAAAGAGACGAGCAUGUCUACACCUGGAAAGAAGUAGAAUAUUUAUUUUAAAUCUGAAAGAUUUGAAACUAGCACAGCUUUGCUUUUGGUGGAGGAAACAAAUGUCUCAAUUUUUGUUUUGUUUUUUUUAAAGGGGGUGGGUGGGGUGGGAUUUCUUUUUUUUGUUUUUCUGUGGGAGAAUAAAUUGUUUUCAUGUGUAAGUAAGAAGAAAAAAAAAAUAAAGUUGACAAAGGACUUUUUGAAAUUCUUGUCUGAAUUUUCACGCUACGAUGCAGUAGAGCAGAAACCACAACCUAAAUUGGACAAUCUUUAGUUUAUCAUUCUCCAUUGCUGGCAACAAAGAUCCACAUUGUAAAGGGGUUUUCAAAAUAUACAUAUAUAUCUCAUCACUGUAAAGGGUGUUUUGCAAAAGGUAAAGUUUUAUCCCGUGGACCAAUUCUUGAAUUAUUCUUCUGGCCCUAAAUGGCCUUCCACCACAUCUUAACAAAUUUCUAGUGUAUAAAAAUAAAAACUGUUAAGAAUUGUUUACAGAUUCACUGGCAUAUAGAACUGGUGAGGUGUCUAUAUCUUGCUUGUUCUGUGAAGUGCUUGAUUGGGAACUGACUGCUAAGUUAUUGUAAAUCCUGUUUAGUCUGCAAGGUCAGGGAUUCAUAUAAAAACUUGUAUAUCAAACUUCGAUUCCCACCCCCCUUGCCCCCCAAAUUUUGGAAUUUCAGUGUGCUAAAAUUCUGUUGUAUACAUGCAAGCGGUAUAUAUAAAUAUAUCAAUAUAUAUUUUUAUUAUGCUUUUACCCUAGCUAUAUUUACAUGUAUUGUUACAUACUGUUUAUCACCAAACCUUUUUUUCUUUUGCAACUACUUUUAUACUGGUAAAUCUCCUCUCUUUGAUGCUGUCAUGUAAAUAUGACUGCAUAAUUUCUUGCACAUACAUGUAACUAGGUAAUUGGGGGGUGGGGGGAUGUUAAGUGCUACAUGUGUAAAUAAACUUUGAUAACUUAGUACUAAUACUUUUUAAAGCAUGCUUUCCCAUAUUGUAGCACAAUUGUUGUAGUAAAAUACGAACAGUAAGCUGUACAAUUGUAAAGCGGUAGGUGAAGAAUGUGCAACGUGUGACUGACAUUUAUUGGUUCUGUGUGACAUAAAUUAAACUAUUUAAAAAGGAAGCCUGAAGCCUUAAGUUUAAUUUUACAAUAUUUUAUGCAUCAACCCCCCUCCCAUCAGCUUUUUUUUGUCAGAGUUUGUGACAACCAUAUUAUUAAAAAAAAAAAAAAAAAAAAAAAAAAAAAACCUUCAAGUUAUGGAAUAUCUUGAGCUUGAAAUAUUUGUUUCUUUUUUGGUCUUUAAAUAUAUUGCCCACUGUAAAAUAUGAUUUUUCUAUGGCAAUCUUGUUAAACGUGCAAUCUUAAACUGUUCCUUGUGGCAUUUUAAAUGCAUUUAAGCUGUGUGAUUUCUUUUUUGAAACAGUUUGAGGGUGGUUUGCAUGUUUUAAAGAUAACAAACAACUGUACAAAUGCUGGGUUGCUUGAGGAAUGAGUGUAAAUGGCUACAUCAUGAAGAUGUUUGAAUGAUGAAUAAACUUCAGUUAUUGUAUGAAUUUCAUUAAUUCAUUUAAGUCUCAAUAAAUUGAAAUUUGGAACCAAA